AUGACUUCAGGCCAAGACCAGAUCGCGGAAGCAGAGUUCGAUGAGGGCUACGUAGUAGUCAGGGCUGAUUCCGAAACUUCUGAAGCCUUCGAAAAUGUUGGCGAGGAUUUAGAUGAACAAGAUGAGCAAGAUGAGCAGGAUGAGCAGGAUGAACUAGAUGAGCAAGGCGAUACGUAUGACCAGCCGUAUUAUGAAAAGACAAUCAAGGAGAUUGCAAAGGGUGACCGCUACCCUUGCAUGAUUUGUACGGUCGAGAUGGAUUUUACCUGCCAUAUGUACGCGUGCCCAGAGUGUUAUAGGGUUUUUGACUACGAAUGUAUACGCGAAUGGGCUGUCAAGUCGACACAGAAGAGUGUUACUAAGACGUGGAAAUGUCCCAACUGCUACUUCGAGAAAAAGGACGUUCCCCUCAAAAACCGGCCCACUUGUUGGUGUGGGAAGAACAUUCACCCAGAGCCAAACCCGCUAAAUCCAAAUAGUUGUGGUCAGACAUGUGAUGCCCCAAUAUGUGUCCAUGGGUGUUCUAGCACUUGCCAUCUGGGACCCCAUCCUACAUGUAUGCGCAUGGUUCAAACAAAAUGCCGAUGCGGCAAGAAAUCAAAGGAUGUCUUUUGUUCGGAGGCUCGGAAGCACCAAGAGCUGUUCCGCUGCGGCAAUCCUUGCGGCUUAACACUGCCGUGCGGCGUUCACAAGUGCCAGCGUGAAUGUCACAAUGGCGUUUGCGGUGAAUGUCCUGAAACGAUAGCGAAAGAGAUCAACUGUUACUGUGGAUUAGAAAGCCUGCCUUCUAUCAAAUGUCAAGACGUCAAGAUCCAGAGCAAGUCACAAGAUGGCUCCGGCAAAAAAUGGAUCGGAGCAUUUGCAUGCAGUCGUAUACGUACUGUCGAAUACAGCUGCAGAGAACAUUCUUUCGCUGAACCAUGUAAGGCGCCACCUUCAAUCGCCGGACGAAUUCCGUGCCCAUACUCCCCGAAAGCUUUAAAGACGUGCCCCUGUGGCGAAACUCCUCUGGAAAAUAUGGAAACUCCACGCACAAAAUGUACGGACCCCAUUCCUACUUGCGACGCGACAUGUGGAAAGCUACUCAGUUGUGGACGGCACAGGUGCCCAUUUAAAUGCCACACAGGCACCUGUAUGGAAAUCUGUACCUGUUCUGACAAGAUCAAGUGCUCAUGCAAUUCGAGACCGUUUAUUGUCCCUUGUAAAUUUCAAGGGCCGCCUCGCUGUAAUACAAAGUGCGAAUCGCUUAUGUCUUGCCGUCGCCACAGGUGCGCAGAAAGGUGCUGUGACGGGAGAAGCCUCGCCCAGGUGCGCGAAAAAAAAGUGUUCCUUACGCGCGACAAAUUGGACGAGUCAUUGGUCGAAGCUCAGCACAUUUGCCUGAAAAAAUGCAACUUGAAGCUGUCUUGCGGCAGGCAUUUUUGUCAAAGGAAGUGUCACCCUGGAAACUGUCCUCCCUGUUUGGAGAGCGAUUCUAAUGAUCUUGUAUGUCCAUGUGGUAAAACAGUGGCACCCGCUCCGGUGCGCUGCGGGACAGUGCUGCCUCCGUGCAGAAAUCCAUGCAUCAAGACUCUUCAAGGGCCUCUGGACUGCGGACAUCCGCCAAUGCCACACGCGUGUCACUCUCUCGACGAGCCAUGCCCUUCAUGUACAGCGCCCGUGUUUAAACAGUGCAAAUGUGGAAAAAACAAGAAAGUCAGAACUUUGUGCUUUCAAAAUAAUGUCUCUUGUGGUCGUGUGUGUGGCAAGCAGCUUGUAUCAUGCCACCACAGCUGUACUAAAACAUGUCAUCGAGAGGGCGAGUGCCAGUCCAUUUGUAAACAAGUGUGCGGUAUUUCAAGAUCAAACUGUAGCCAUAUUUGCAGAUUCAAGUGCCAUACUGGAAGCCCGUGCCCAGAUGUCCCUUGCAAUGUCACAGUCGAGGUCAAGUGCGGAUGUGGACAUCGCUCUUCGUUUGCUACAUGUGCUGCCCACGAGGGCCAAGAUCCCGCGGAUCAACGCCCUCUCGAAUGCACCGAAGAUUGCGCCGCGGCAAGAAGACGGCUAGAACUGAUGGAGGCAUUUGGUAUGAAUACUGAAACAGUUCAGCCAACUGAAGGAAUAGUUGAUUUAGCGGCUUUGGCCGAAAAAGUUACCACCUUUCAGGAGCUCAUGCUGCCUUUUACCGAGGCUUCCUUGUCGAUAUUUGCGAAGCAAAGCAACUGGUGCUCUCAGAUUGAAGAACACCUGAAUAGGCUAAUGAGCGACAUUAGCAAACCAAGUCUACACUUCAAGCCUAUGAAACCUCCUCAGCGCCAUUUCAUUCAUGAGCUGGCUCAGGCUUACAAGCUAUACUGUGAGUCGCAGGACAAGGAACCUAAGCGAUCAGUAUACGUGAAAAAGACAGUCGACUCUCGUAAGCCUUCACUAUCCUUAAAAGAAGCACUCCCUCUCUACCAAUCUUUCAAGAAUGCCCAAAAAGAGAGGAAACUGAAAGAGCUUGAAAGAUCCACCACAACGAGGAUCUUAAACUACACCUCCACAGGUGAGAGUUCUCCGCCGGUCGCGCAGAUCAACGGCCUUUUGAUCCAGAAGGUCUUUGAAGGCACGGACGAAAAGACUAUCGAGGCUUGUUUUGCGGACUAUCUGAAGCACACACUUAUCAAAGAUCCAAACUAUCUCAAGCUAGACUCUGGUGACGUUAUGGUUUUUGCGGAAAAUUACGCUACGGCAAGCAUUAAUGUUGAACGCGACAUCAACAGGGUUGUUGGACAUCUUGAUCUUAUUGCAAAAGACAGCUUUCUCGCGGAAGGCGUGACAGUAUGCCGCGUUGAGCAAGUAAUGGCAGAAGAGACUAACCGCUCCGAUGAAUCAAGCGUGGCUGAAGCGCCGGAAGAUCCUUUAUUUGUUUAA